AUGGCGGCGAGUGCUGAUCCUGGUAUGCACAUACGAGGCGACUGAUAAGGAUACAUACUAACAGGAUAAUGUUACAGAUAACCAUCCAUUGAAAGGCGUGGUGCUCUGCUGUACAUCACUGGCGCAGGAUGCACGAGUAGGUAACUCUACGCUCGAGAAGACCAAGUUCAAGACUUACAGCGACAUCCUUCUGCAGACCAAGCUCGCCCAAGUCGCGGAGCAGAUGGGUGCUGUCCAUAAGUUGGACCUCACAUCUGACGUGACCCAUUUGAUCGUCGGCAACAUCGCCACCCCGAAAUAUCGCUACGUCGCAAGGGAACGACCAGACAUUCGCGUCUUGAAUCAAGCCUUCAUCGAGGCAGCACGCGUGGCAUGGAUGAGUGGGGAAGCAUUCGACGUUGAAGGGCUAGAAAGAGAAUAUACAUUGCCAUGCUUCUGGGGUUUGCAAAUAUGCUUGACGGGAUUCGACAAUAUAGAGCAUAGGAAGAGCAUGGAGGAGACUAUUAUUGCUCAGGGAGGCACAUAUAACGGAGAUUUGACAAAGACUGUCUCUCAUCUGGUGGUGGCGCGUCCUGAGGGUAAGAAAUAUGUUCAUGCGAAGCAGUGGGGAAUACAUCUGGUGGGACUGAAGUGGUACGGGGACAGCUUAAUCCGAGGAAUGGCACUAGACGAGGCACUCUAUGCUCCAGAGAUACCGAGCGACCAGCAAGGCAUCGGUGCUUUCAGGUCAAUACCUAAUCACACGGUCUUAAUGAAAAGAGGACGAGAUGCAGAGUCCAACACUGCGAACGAGGAUGGAGGCCGCAGGAAGAUGAGAAAAGUUGCGAGCAUGCGGCUGGACGGGCAGAGUCAAGAGUUGUGGCAAAGCAUAGCGACCAACGAGGUGCAGGUGGACACGACUGAGUUGGACGCGUGGGACAAUGAGAGCCAGACGCUGAGGGAUUCCGUCUCGAGCAAGCCAAAGGACACGACGAAUGAAGCUGCCAUACCUGCGGAGACGGAACGCCCGAGCUCACGACAAGGACUCUUUUCCGGGCACUACGUCCUCAUCUACGGAUUUGAUGCAACACGAGCGAGGAAGCUGCGCCAGUUUCUAGAGCCGAAUGGAGCCACUAUAGUGCAGUCGAGCGAAGAGCUGGAAGCUGCAUCUGGAAAUCUCCUUUUCCAGACUCGAUGCCUGCUAGUACCUCACUCCGCGCCCGUUGAGAUACCCAGCGUCCCACCCGGCACUGUGAUAGUAACGGAAUGGUGGGUGGAGCGCUGCAUCCACUACAAGCAGAAUAUGGAUCCAGAAGCGGAUUCACUCAGCACACAUCUGGCCAAUUCCCAAGUCUCUGGAUUCUCCGAACUGCGUAUAUCGACCACCGGCUUCACAGGCGUCGACCUCCGCCAGACAGCAGAAGCAGUCAAAUUGAUGGGCGCUGCGUAUCAGGAGAAGCUGAUGCCAACAUCAUCAUUGCUAGUCUGCGCAAAUGAUACCGUCGUCAAGAAAGAGAAGGCGUACUAUGCCAACAAAUAUCGCAUACCAGUGGUAUCAGCUCAAUGGCUCUGGCAAUCCUUGAGGUCGAAGAGAAAGGCUCCGAUUGAGGACUACAGAAUUCAGCUACCCGCAUUCGACCCUAAUGAAUUCGUCGGCGAGCCCUCCGCGAGCAGUCCAGCUCCAAGCAGCAAUUUACAGCUUCGGCCGUCAGGUGAGGCAGCGAGAAGGUGAGUACGAUGAGAUCUUCAGCCGAUUCCACGCGCGUCCGGCUGCAGGGUUGUGAAAGGCGCUGACGUGUGAACAGGACAGAUGACUAUGCGCCGCCCAAGCGCUUGUCCAACACUCGCAGACGGCAUGCUACUACAUCUUUACCGCUCACGGCUUCGAGGCCAGCGACAGCCGAGGCACCCCGACGACCUCCGCCUCCUAGGACUGGGCCGUUCAUCGAAGAGGAUGAUGAGAAUGACGAGCCGGCCGUCCUAUCUAUCGACCCUCUUCCAGGGCAACAACCAUUCCCCGCGGAGUUUCCGCCACCGGAACGAAUAUCACAGCCUCUCCGGGAAAUAUCCCCCAACACAUCGCAGCGUAAGACUCGAGGAACUUCACCAGACGGCGACCUGCCCAAGAAGUCAAGAGUCGCAGAAGACGAGAACCCCGCGCCCACAUCACCGCAGAAGAGCGCGAAACGAAGUCCUAGAAAGGAUACUUGGGCUCCGCUUCAACCACCCGUGGUAGAAGACGAUCGAACAUCCGAACUAGCCGGUCUCCUGCGUCGAGUCACCUCCAACACCACCACCACCACCACCACCACCACCACCAGCGAAACGUCGGAAGCGCAGAAGCGAAAGAAGCGCCCGCUCGGCCGCAACCUCAGUACGACGUCCGACCAUUCCGCUUCUCCAGCAUUGCCAUGCGAGAUCCCGCCGGAGUCCCUGGAUCCAGCGGACGGAUAUCGGAUCCCUUCACACGAUGAAGCCGAUGUACCGCUCGGAACGCAGCUGGGAUAUGAAGCGCCGGACGCGGAGGCGCAUCGGAGGCAGAUGAGCAUGAAAUUGGGCGGGACGAUGUUUGAUGAGGGGGAUGCGAGGAAGGUCAGGAGUGUUGGGACGGUGAGGGAUUCUUCGGAGAUUGUGGCGAGGAGGGCGGCUGCGGCGGCGACGGGUGCCGGGACGAGGGCGAAGAGUGGGAGGAGGAAAUGA